AUAAAUUCCUCAGCUUGAAAGAUAGAUAAGUCCAGAAGGAGCCAUUUUGACGUUUUUUACUUGCAACAAAUGAAUAAAUGUUUUGUCACCAAAAAAAAAAAAAGGAAUAAAUGAUUAAUACUCAUUGGCCUGCCUGCAUUCGCUAAACAACCACCACCCAGUAACUCCUUUAAUUCAUUCCCUCCCAUGAUUCUCUCCGACAAACCCACAUCGGACUCUGGAGCAGACAAAUAAUUUUUGUAAUAUGGUUAAGUGUUUCAGUUUCACUGCAACGCGGGAUUCGUGCUUUCGUUGCAGCUUCUCCAGCGCCGGUCUCCGAUCAUCGACGACGGACCUCGGAGAUGGCACCGUCAUGCACGUUUGGAUCCCCAAACUCCAUGUCCAAUCCAAGCCGACGUUAGUCCUCAUCCACGGCUUUGGCGCCAACGCUAUGUGGCAGUGGAACGACUUCAUUUCACCUCUCAUCUCCCGCUUCAACGUCUACGUCCCGGACCUCCUCUUCUUCGGGGAGUCCUACACGACCCGACCCGAACGAUCGGAGCAAUUCCAGGCGGAGUGUGUAGUCCGGGUCAUGGAGGCCCAUGGGGUGGUUAGUGGUAUGAACGUGGUUGGUAUCAGUUACGGGGGAUUUGUGGGAUAUAGGAUGGCGGCGCAGUUUAAGGAGAGGAUAGAGAAGGUGGUGCUAUGUUGCACUGGGGUGUGUCUGGAAGAGAAAGAUAUGGAAGAAGGAAUGUUUAAAGUGAAGAGCGUGGAUGAGGCUGUUAGUAUUUUGUUACCCCAAACGCCAGAUAAAAUGAGGGAGUUGAUGAAGCUUUCCUUCUAUAAGCCUACUCAAAGAGUUCCUUCUUGCUUCCUAAACGAUUUCAUCCAUGUGAUGUGUACAGAAUACCUUCAAGAGAGAAAAGAUUUGAUUUUAGCAUUACAUAAGGACAGAAAACUGUCUGAUCUUUCAAAGAUAACCCAGCCAACACUAAUAAUCUGGGGAGAGCAUGACCAAAUAUUCCCUUUAGAAUUGGGACACAGAUUGAAAAGGCAUUUGGGAGACAAUGCAGAACUGGUGAUCAUAAAGAAUGCAGGGCAUGCCAUCAAUGCAGAGAAACCUAAAGAGCUAUUCAAGCACUUGAAAUGUUUCCUUAUCGAUCCCCUCUCCCGGGCUAAACCCGGAAACUGAGCAAUGGCCGUAGAACAGAUUCAAAGGUGUCAUCUAUGAAUCACUGACGCAACUCUUUUUCUCUCAUGUUCAUGUCGAGUGUUCUGCACAUAUACACUUGGAUACGGCACAUAUUAGAACAUACGAAAAAAAGUUGAAGACAAUCUUGACAUAGCCGAGGCAUGAGUAUCCAGAAAAAAGCAUAGAAGGAUAUGGGAGAACUUUUUUCAACGAAAAGUAGAGGUGGAAAGAAGAGCUCUGUUUUAGGAAGAGUAAGAGGCUGGAUGAAGCUUUGGAAAGAAAAUGAUAGAUGAAGAUGAAAAAAGGAGUAGUUUUAGCAAAUAAAUAAGCAAAAGAUUCUGGUAUGAGAAAACAAUGUAGCUUAGGGUCCUUUUUCAAUUUAUUAUAAAAAUGUUAAAAGGGAUUAGUUACCGCUUAGAUACUUUGAUUAUGAUAAAGAAAAAUAUAAUAAGUUUUAGAUGAUUUAGAAAAAGGGUCAAUAUGUUGUUUGACUUCUGAAUUUUUUCGAAAAUAUUUAGUUGUUAUUCAAA